AUGAAGCGAUUAGGCUAUCCUCCAAAAUUCCUGAACAGGAUCAUCCAGCUGGUUGAGGAUCAACGUGGCCAAGUUAGAAGCAACACUGAUCUCUCAGAACCCUUCUCGACCAACAACAAUAACUUCCGGGAGAUUAAUUCGACACUUUCUGCACAAUAUCUAUCUCAACAAGUGACUUCCGGUAUCUAUCUAUCUAUCUAUCUAUCUAUCUAUCUAUCUAUCUCAGUUUUUUCUUUCCACUUAUCUCUUUCCACCUCCCUCUAUUUCCACCCCUCUCUCUCCACUUCUCUCUCUCUCUUUACAUCUCUCUCUCUCCACCUCAGUUUCUCUCUUUUUCCACUUCUCUCUCUUCCCACCUCCCUCUUUUUCCAACUCUCUCUUUUUCCACUUUUGUCUCUUUCCACCUCUCCCCCUUCCACCUCUCUCUUUCCACCUUUCUCUUUCUUUCUACCUCUUUCACUUUCCACCUCUCUAUUUCCCCCUUUAUUUCCACCCCUCUCUCUCUCUCUUUCCACCUCUCUCUUUUUCCACUUCUGUCUCUUUCCACCUCUCUCCCUUCCAUCUCUCUCUUUCCACCUCUCUCUUUCUUUCCACCUCUUUCACUUUCCACCUCUCUAUUUCCCCCCUUAUUUCCACUUUUCUCUCUUUUCAUCUCUCUCUUUCUACCUCUCUCACUUUCCACCUCUCUCUUCCCACCUCUCUCUAUUGCCACCUCUCUCUCUCUCUCUCUCUCUGUGUGUUUCCACCUCUCUGUGA